AUGAAACAUCUAACUCUACUAUUAACCCUGAUUUCUGUUUCUUUUGCCAUUCAGUGUUACGUAGAUGAAACGCUGAGUGAAGGACACGGACCAUUGGUUACAAAAACGAACUGCUCGACCGGUUGCGACUUUUGCGGGAAAGCGGUUUCAAAAUCAUCUUCCUUAUACUCUCCAUCGACUUGGGGUUGUGGUUGUGGAGAGGCUAAUCUCGCCGCAUUUGACGCCGAAGCGUGCACAAGCGUCGGAAAAUGCUAUGUCGACGAGGAUUUCAGUCAAGAGCACACUUCGAGACAGAAAAUCGUCAACUGCUCGGAUGAUUGUGAAUAUUGCGGAAAGAUAACCGAUUCAAGAACUUCAGAAGGAGAAAGUACACGUUACACUGUUUUCCAUUCAACAUGGGGAUGCGGAUGUGGAGACGAGUUUUUGGUCACUUUCACCAAAGCACAAUGUUUUCGUCAGGGUCAACUGAAAACCAGUGAUGGGAAAUUAUAUUGUUGUUGGGGAGAUUUGUGCAAUUCUUAUAAGCAAAUCAUUUUUCCAAUAAUCUUUGCAAUUUCGAUGCCUAUUUUCGUUGCCUUUUUAAGAGUU